GUUUCUCACCAACUUGGUCAAUUUCCUCUCUCUCUCUCUCUCUCACACACACACACACAUAUGUAGUACAUAUAUUUAUAUAUAUAUACAUCAUAUUCCUCUUCAUCCACAUAGUCCCAUGUUUAUAGAUAAGAGAUUAAUUGAUUAGAUUUCAAUUUUGAAGAAAUGGGGAGAUCUCCUUGUUGUGAAAAAGCACACACUAACAAAGGGGCUUGGACUAAAGAGGAAGACCAGCGUUUGAUCAGCUACAUCCGAGCUCACGGCGAGGGCUGCUGGCGUUCCCUUCCUAAAGCUGCAGGAUUGUUGAGAUGUGGCAAAAGCUGCAGAUUGAGAUGGAUAAACUAUCUGAGGCCUGAUCUCAAGAGAGGCAAUUUCACCCAAGAAGAAGAUGAACUCAUUAUUAAAUUGCAUAGCUUGCUUGGAAAUAAAUGGUCAUUGAUAGCCGGGAGAUUGCCGGGAAGAACAGACAACGAAAUCAAGAACUACUGGAACACGCACAUCAAACGCAAGCUUCUCAGCCGCGGCACGGACCCACAAACCCACGGCCCCAUCAAUCCGGCCGCGAGCAUCGACUUUCGAAGCUCGACUCCGCCGCCCGCAGCCAAAGCAAACAACUCCUCAUCAGCUGACAACACCAAAUGCAGCAGCACCACCACAGAGGAGUCCCUGCCGCCGCAGCCGCCUGUCGCGGAGGCGGCUGAGGAAAGCGGCGGCGGUGGGCUUGAUUUGGAGCUGUCUAUAGGGAUCCCAUCUCAGCCAAAUGAGUAUAGGAAAAGUGCUUCUUUUAAUUUGAAGUCGAGCCAUGAUUUCUUGAGGCUAAAUGGAUUAUACAGUUGCUGACAAAUAGUAGUAAUUGAUUUCAAUAGGUUUAGAUACACUUUUUUAUUUUUGUGUUAUGUUACUUAUGUAUGUAUGUGUUUCAAAGAAAAAAAAGGUAGUUUUGGGGGUAAAUCAAAAUGAAAUUAAUUAGUCAAGAUUCAUGAGUAUGAUCUCUUGGAAUGAGAUUAGGGAUAGCAAAUUAGUUUGUGGUUAUCAUCGAAAUCAAAUUUGUUAUGGCUCAUAUGUCUUUGAAAUCAUACAUGCUAAUUAAUAUGCCUUUGAAUCUAGUGGAAACCUUUUUAUAUAACUACAAAUUAUAGGGUGUAACUCUUAUCGUUCUCCUCCCUAAAGUAAAAGAAAGAAAAGAGAUUAAACUUCGUGUGUGAGUAGAUCUAGUGGUAAAGACAUAUAAUAUCUAAGAUCAAAUGUCUCGAGUUUGAUUUCACCGUAGCGCAUCGAUUUGUUAAGAAUUUGUAAUAUCCAAAUCUUUUAGAAGUUUAGAGUUAGUAAUUAGAUUUUUAGUUAGAGAUUUUAUGUGUAUAUGUUUUUAUUAGGAAUAAAAGAAAUAAAUUAGGAAAUAGAAUUAAUGAGAUAAAGAAAAAGAAGAAAGAAAAGGAAUAGGAAGUUGAUGUAAUGCAGUCAAUAUUUUUCUAAAGCUUUAAAAGUUGAGAAUAAAGGUUUUUAUGCUAAAAGGGAGAUAGAUAGAUGUGAUAUUUUGGCUUCCAUACUUGUGCUUUAAGUGUUUAUUUAUAAUUUGUAUAUGUGAUUGUUUGAAAAAUUAGGUGAACCGAGUGCAAGCACAAGCGAUAAGGGAAAAGGGCACCUCCAUGGUUGACUAAGCAAGUAAUAGCGGGUUUUUUUGACGUGUACAGAGUAUAGAAGCGAGUGAACUCGCUAGUUGGCAGCAGCACGUGUCAAGUCACCACCUCCCUUUUUGCUGGUACAGUCGUAGUUUACACGUGGCAUGCUUAGAUUAUCUUUUGGUUGUAAAUAGUUGGUUACAAAUGUAAGGUUAUAACCUUCUUUUUGCUAGUGGAGUUGUAGGUAUGUCUAUAUAAACAGGUUAAUGUUAUUUUGUUAUGUAUAGUAGUAAAUAGUUGUGUUAUCAGGUUUAGUUUCUUUUAUGAUAGUAUUGUAUGUUGAGUGUUGCAAAA